CCCAAGACCUUUCUGCUCCUGGAGUCCCCACGCAGGCUGGAGCCCGAUCCCCGAGAGCUCCGAGGGCCCGCGAGCUCCGCGGCUCCCACCGGAGAGAUUCGGGACCCUGCUUACUAUGACUACGCUUGGAGGCGGGAGGAGGCGACACGGCCGCCAGGGCUGGAUUAGGUCGUGAUAGACGUCGCUCGCUGGGCGCGUCCUUGGGGGCAUUAGGGAGUGACUGCUGGCAGCAGGUCGGACUGUGUCCUGCCAGAGCGCUGGGCCUUGGGGGUGACGGACAGGCCGAGGAGGUGUGAAGAAGGAUGUUGGAGUUCCUGACAGCUGGAUUCUAGAAGUGGAACUAUGAGCUCACCUUUGACCUCCCUUAGCAAGACCCGGAAAGUGCCCCUGCCCUCGGAACCUGUGAAUCCUGGGAGGCGAGGAAUCCGCAUCUACGGAGAUGAAGAUGAGGUGGACACGUUGAGUGAUGGGCGUGGCUCAGAAGAAAAGAUCUCAAUCCCUUCCUGCUAUGGCGGCAUAGGUGCCCCUGUGAGUCGGCAAGUCCCUGGAUUCCAUGACUCGGAGCUGAUGGCCUCCAUGACGAGGAAGUUGUGGGACUUGGAGCAGCAGGUGAAGGCCCAGACUGAUGAGAUACUAUCCAAGGUGGGGCCCCAGGAUCAGAAGAUAGCAGCCCUGGAGGACCUAGUGCAGACACUCCAGCAGCACUCGGCCGAGGUGACCCUGCAGCGGCAGGAGGAACUGGAGGUGAUGUGCGUGCAGCUGCAGCGGCAGGUCGGGGAGAUGGAGCGGUUCCUCAGCGACUAUGGCCUGCAGUGGGUGGGUGAGCCCAUGGACCAGGAGGACUCAGAGAGCAAGACAGUCUCAGAGGAUGGCGAGAGGGACUGGAUGACGGCCAGGAAGUUCUGGAAGCCAGGGGACUCACUGGCACCCCCUGAGGUGGACUUUGACAGGCUUCUGGCCAGCCUGAAGGAUCUUAGUGAGCUGGUGGUAGAGGGUGACACCCAGGUGACACCAGUGCCUGGCGGGGCGCGGCUUUGUACCCUGGAACCCAUCCCGCUGAAGGUCUACCGGAAUGGCAUCAUGAUGUUCGACGGGCCCUUCCAGCCCUUCUACGAUCCCUCCACACAGCGCUGCCUCCGAGACAUACUGGAUGGCUUCUUUCCCUCAGAGCUCCAGCGACUGUACCCCAAUGGGGUCCCCUUUAAGGUGAGUGACUUGCGCAAUCAGGUCUACCUGGAGGAUGGGCUGGAUCCCUUCCCAGGUGAGGGCCGUGUGGUGGGCCGGCAGCGGAUGCGCAAGGCCUUGGACAGGGUGGAGGAGCACCCAGGCUCCAGGAUGACUGCUGAGAAAUUUCUGAACAGGCUUCCCAAGUGUGUGAUCCGGCAAGGCGAGGUGAUUGACAUCCGGGGCCCCAUUAGGGAUACCUUGCAGAACUGCUGCCCAUUGCCUGCCCGGAUCCAGGAGAUAGUGGUGGAGACGCCCACCUUGGCUGCUGAGCGAGAGAGGAGCCAGGAGUCGCCCAACACACCGGCACCCCCGCUCUCCAUGCUGCGCAUCAAGUCUGAAAAUGGGGAACAGGUCUUCCUACUGAUGAUGCAGCCUGACAACACCAUCGGCGAUGUGCGAGCCCUGCUAUCGCAGGCCAGGGCCAUGGAUGCCUCUGCCUUUGAGAUCUUCAGCACAUUCCCGCCCACACUCUACCAGGACGAUACACUCACGCUGCGGGCUGCAGGUCUUGUGCCCAAAGCAGCACUGCUGCUGCGGUCACGCCGAGACCCGAAGUCCAGCCUGAACUUCAGUUCUGGUCCUUGUCCUGGGCCCGGCCCCAGUCCUGGCCCCAGCCCCCAAUAAAGCACCGCCCC